AUGCGGUUCCUGCCUCUGGUUGCUUCGGCUUUGCUUGGCCUGGUAUCUGCUGCCCUUGUUGCAGCGCAGGCGCACGACACUCCCGAGCUCAACAUUGUAACUACCUUCCCCAACAACCCAGGUUCUAUUGUCAAGAACGGCCAGGCCAACACGGUCGUCUUCUCGAUCAUCGAUGCCCCCAAGGAGAGGAAGGAGGAUCGUCUGCUUACACUCCAGUCGAUCACCGGCGCUUUCCUCAAUCCGAACAAGGUGGAUGGACAGCGUGGGCGCGUGUUGCGCAACAUGACCACCACGUCGUUCAAGUCGCGUCCUCUCCGAACCGUGUUUGGCAAAGCACCUCAUCUUCCUUUUGACUUCGUCCCUGAGUUCAAGCCGCAAGAGCUUGAGGUCGAGUUCAGCCUGUUGGUCAACGACGAGCAGACCGGCAAGAAGCACCGCAUCCACGCGUACCGUGGCAAGGUGCAGGUGGUUGAGCCCCCGAAGAACUGGUUUGACCUUCAGCUCAUCUCGGUCUACGUCAUCGGCUUCGCCGUCAUCGUUGGCGGGGCCUACUUUAUCUUGAGCAGCUACGUGUUUGGCGAGGAGAAGAAAGUGGCUGGUCCCAAGAAGUUCGAGAAGCCAGACAUUGCCAAGCCAUCUGGUGUGCAGGAUGAGUGGAUCCCCGAACACCAUCUGCGUGCACGAAAGGUCAAGACUUCAACGGCCGGAGCUCUCAGCAGCGGAGACGACGAGCCUUCGAUGCCCAAGAAGCGCGGAAAGCCCCGCAAGUGA